AUGGCCUUCUUCCUCCCGACAACUCAGCGCCCAGGAAGGCCGGGCUCGCGGUGGCGGGCACCGGCCGAGGUAGGGCCGGCGGCCACGGCCGGGGGCGCAGAGGCAAGGGCACGCGGGGCGCCGGCGGAGGCCGGGCCGGUGGCCACGGUUGGGAGCGCGGAGGCAGGGGCGCCGGCGGCCAUGGCCGGGGCGCGCGCGGCCAGCGACGUAGCCACGGAGAGCACGGCCCCCGUCGGACGCAACCACAGCCAUUUCGGCCAGCGCUCGGAGCGCAUGGGGCCGGUUGAGCCAGGGCUGGCGGCCAACGCACGGGGAGCCGGUGGAGGCGGGGCAGAUCCACCGUUUUGGGACGACAGUUUGUCUUGA